CAAGGAGUUAGUUCUGGUCGCGGGCUGCAGCCCAUCGCUGUUGACGGAUAUCUGUAAAGUGGUGGAUCGGAGCGGUGUGCUCGAGAUUGUUUAACUACAAGACAACAGUACAUUCCGUGAAACAUGGGGGACAAUUUAGCACAUGAAGCUGAGCUAAAUGGUUUGAUAAAAGAGUAUUUGAAGUUUGCUGCUUUUGAGGAAACUGUGAACGUGUUUGUUAAGGAAUGCAAAAACAAGGGAAAGGCAAUCCUGAAACCACCAAUAAGUGCUGGCCAAGGCGUUAAGACUUUGCAAAUUCAGGAAGAUUUGCUUAAAGCAUUUGAUGAUGGAAACGGAAAGGUAUUUUUCAAGCUGUGGGAACAGCACAUUUUGCCUCAAACUGGAGUUGAUGAGCAGCUGCCUCAGAAAUUGGAGUUUCACCUUCAAGUUCAUUUCGCUAUCUUUCCUCUGAAGAAUUCUAGAAAGUCUGACAAAGAUGAUAUGGAUGAAAGAACAUCUAAUUUCAAAAGCUAUCUGGAAACCAGAGGUGCUGCGUUAAGUCAGACAACAGAGUUUUUGCCCUUUUAUGCACUUCCGUUUGUCCCCAAUCCCACUGUACAUCCCUCUUUUAAGGAACUUUUUCAGGAUUCGUGGUCUCCGGAAUUGAAAAUGACACUGCAAAAAUUUCUGUCUGCAACUUUGAAAGUGACCAGUGUUCCAAAGCUGCUGUCUUUAUUUAAAGAAAACGGACAGAGUUCGAAAGAAUUGUUGCAACAAUUUCAGCAACAGUUACUGGAAACUGAGAGAAAAGCAGCAACAUACAUGAAGAGGUACAGAAAGAUGCAAGAGGAUUACCACAGCUUGAUUGGAGUCACUGCAGAGCUUGUAGAUUCUUUGGAAGCUACAGUAAAUGGGAAAAUGAUUACACCAGAAUAUCUUCAGAGUGUCUGUGUACGACUAUUUAGCAACCAAAUGAGACAAAGUGUGGCCCAAAGCAUUGACUUCACAAGACCAGGAACUGCAUCAUCUAUGCUGAGGGCAUCCAUUGUUCCUACAAUGAAAUCAAAAGAUGUACCUUUAUUGCCGUCUCUUGAUUAUGAAAAGCUGAAGAAUGAUUUAGUCCAUGGAAAUGAUCGACUAAAAGCACUACUUUUGCAAGCACUGCGUUGGCGGCUGACACAGUCUCAUCCUGGAGAGCAAAGGGAUACAGUCCUUCAGGCUUACAUUAGUAAUGAUCUGCUGGAAUGUCAUAAUAAGAGUCAGAAGAGCUUAAUUAAUUUGUUAAAUUCAAAGAGUGAGAUUGUCCGACAGUAUACAGCACGACUAAUAAAUGGCUUUGCAUCGCUGUCACAUGGUCGAGCUUACUUAGCACAGAGCACAGUGUUAUUGAAGAUACUUGAAGAAGCACUCGAGACAGAGGAGGAAGAUUCCAUAACUAGAGAAAAUGUGUUAGGAGCCUUACAGAAACUUAGUCUCAGACGAGCACUGCAGUCAGCUAUGGUCAAAGAUAACAUUAUUUUCUGGUUGCUGAGCAUACUGGAGGACUCUGAUUCAUUGUCGGAUUACACUUUGGAAUACUCCGUUGCAUUAUUUAUGAACCUGUGCCUUCGGACCCAAGGUAAACGGAAAUGUGUAGAAGAUACAAGACGAGUGUUAAAAGUAUUGUCUGAUCUUUUGGGUCAUGAAAAUCAUGAGAUAAGGCCAUAUGUUAAUGGAGCUUUAUACAGCAUUCUUGCCAUCCCUUCAAUCCGCGAGGAGGCAAAAGCUAUGGGCAUGGAAGAAAUUCUGCGGUGUUUUAUUAAAGAAGGGAAUACUGAGAUGAACAGACAGCUUGAGUUUAUUAUAAAACAACUCAAUUCAGAGGAGGUGCUUGAAGAAUCAGAUUCUGAUGAUGAAGAGGAAGAAGAUGAUGAUGAUGAAGAUGACCAGGAUGCACUGGAAGCUGACCUGGACAAGGCUGAAAUAUUAAAACCCCAGCCUGGAGAGUUAUCAGGAGAAAAACUACUGACAGCUGAGUAUCUAGGGGUGGGUGUUCAUUAUCAGACAUCAGGAAGCACUAUAAUGACAAACACAAUGAAGGCCAAGAGAAAGCCUAUGUCACUUUUGAAUGAAAGUGUUGAUGAACCUCUCCGACGACCAGUUACACCUAGCAUGCACAGAAUGGGUUACACAUUGUUGGGAACUGUACCAAAUAAACAUGAAAGUAGAAGCCCCAGCACACAGAGCAACCUUUAUUCAUGUCAAACGUCUCGACCACCUACGCGAAGUGGGAGUAGAGCAAGUAAUUCUGGCCUUGGUGGUGCUUCUCCUAUUAUAACUGUAAUACAUCACACCUGGGUUCUCCAGUUGAAGAUUUUGAUCAGGAUCUUACAGCAGCUACAAGCUUGCUUGGUAUCAAAUCUUUUGACAGAUCGAAUAGACAGUCUAUCAGGCAAAAUGAUUAUGAACUUGCAUUUGACAGUAGACCCAAGAUUCCUAGAACUCCAGAUGUGUCUACUAGCCCACAAAAGAUCAAGACUCCAACAAUUGCCCCUCAGUUUUCUCAGUCCGGUCCUCAGCAGACAAGCCGUCCAGGUUCUGCAGGAUCCUCUAACAGAAGCAGACAGAGCAGCCAGUCAUACAGGAAAUGACAAUAGAUUUUUCCUCAGGAAUCACCUGCUGAAUUCUUCACCAACUUCCUGUAAUGAUCCUCCUCAUCACAUACGAUGCACAGUACUGGAGUUAUAAAAUCAAGUGAAAUAUACUGCAGUAUAGGAAUUAUAUUGUCCAUAUUUAGCAUGAACAUUUUAUGUUAUAUAACUAAGUGAAUUUUUGACAAUGAUUUCAGAAAUGUAAAUAAGAGUAAUUUAUCCUUUUAUUCUUCAUUAUAUUUUCACAGGUAGUACUCCGAUGUUGGGAAGGUGUUAAAUUCUGUUUUUGACUUGUUUUGUAAUGUUUUUUGAGGGUUGUUUUUGCUUUACAUCAUAUUCCU